AUGCGCCCUCCAGACCCUUCUCUGCCAUCUUCUCUUCCUGCGUCUCUGCCAUCUUCUCUGCCUUCUUCUCUUCCGUCGUCUCUUCCUUCCUCGCUUCCUGUUUCUGGAGGCGGUUCGUGUGCCUCGGCGCCUUCCCCGCCGUUUCCUCGCUACAGCCCGGGCGCGUUGCAGCGCGACUGUUCUGUGGAGUUUGUCGACUGGCGGUGGCUGUGUUCGCACGCCCUCGACUCGGAGGGCGCGGCUCUGGAGUAUUUCUAUUUGUCUCCGUUCUACGUGGAGCAGGCUGGCGAGACGCUGAACGAGAGACUUCGGCGCGGCGAGCGUCUCCAGGCGGAUCUUCAGGGUCUGCUGUUUUCCGUGACGUACUCCAACCUGGAUGUCCUCCGCACAGAGGCUCCCCAGUUCGCCUCAGCAGCCCGACAGGCCGAGAACGGCGAGGCGGAGGCGCCGCCGACUGUCGAUUUCGCCGCCAGGUGUACGUACUUCAACACGCAUGCGCUCUUCCACAUCACCUUGCUGCGGCGGGAGUCGGCGCGGCACGGCGCGACGCGCACGGUGCCUCUCCGAGUAUACGCCGUCGUCUCGGGAAAGAUUUAUCGCCUGCCGCCUCUCUACGACGUCGUCCAGCAAAAGAUGGCCGCGGCCAUGGCCCACUUGGAGACGUGCUUUGACUUGCUGCAGGGACGCCUCGCUCGCUGGAGCCUCGCCGACGGGUACACCUGGUCAGACCGCGAGACACCCGUGAAGGGGUCGGCAGGCCGAGGCCCAGAGGCAAGUUUCGGUCGCGCCCGCUCUGGCCAACUGGCAGACGCGGAAGAGGAGGAGACAAGAAAGGAGGAGAUUGUGGUGAAGGAGGUUUUUCGAAAGCCGGGGUGCGAAGCGGCGGUUCGCGUGCUGUUUGAGGAGCAGCGCCUCCUCGCGAAGGAAGUCACGGCUCUGGCGGAACAGCGGAAAGCCGUCGACGAGAGAUGGCGCGUCGCCCGAGAGGCCGAGGCGAAGCUGGCGGCUGCGUUGGAGAAGAAAGUUGGGUUGUACAGACAGCGGAAGACUGCACAGCUGAAGCAACUCCCGCCUUCUCAGCAGUUUGAGUUCCUUUUGCAGAAACGGAAACUCGAAGCGCGAGCGGCCGAGCGCACGCCGAAGCAGGCGCAGCCGCCCGCGUCUGCCUGCUGA